CCCUCUUGUCUACUUUCCAACCAUCAACUUGUUUUUACACAGACAAGUGUCCUUAGUCUUACAAUAAUGACAUGACUCAUUGUCACCUCCUUCCUUUUCAUUCAUCAUCUAACCAUUUUCAAUUCAUCACAUGACAUGUGUUCACCAAUAACAAAAUAAAUGAAAAAAACACACUCUAGUUACUAGUUAGCACCUAGAUAUAGUAACUAACUAGUUUAAUAAACUAGUAACUUGACACAUUAUUAUUCUUAAAAGUUUUUUCUGCCACCAACACCAAUGAGUUCAGGUUUUGUACCUUCUCCCUCUUCACCACCUAACUCAUCUACCGAGUUUCUUGAUGGAUUAAAGUUUGGUCAAAAAAUCUACUUUGAAGAUGCAACAAGUACUGUUGUUGUACCAGCUUCUCAAACCAAACCUAAUGCUAUUGGUGUUGGUGGCUCUUCUUCUUCAUCUUCAUCUUCAGGAAUGAAGAGGGGAAAUAAUCAUCCACCUAGGUGUCAAGUUGAAGGUUGUAAAGUAGAUCUGAGUGGUGCUAAGGCUUAUUAUUCUAGACAUAAAGUUUGUUGCAUGCAUUCAAAAUCUCCUUCUGUUGUUGUUUCUGGUUUGGAGCAAAGGUUUUGCCAACAGUGUAGCAGGUUUCAUCAGCUUCCUGAAUUCGAUCAAGGAAAACGAAGUUGCCGCAGGCGUUUAGCUGGCCAUAAUGAAAGGCGGAGAAAGCCUCAACCAAGCUCCUUUUUAACCUCGCGUUCUCCCAAACUCUCCUCGCCUACUUUUGGUAACAAUGGCAAAGGUAAUAAUGAUUUUCUGAUGGAAUGUGCUUCAUACCAAAAAAUUUCUAUGGGAAAUGCAUUAUCAACUCCAAGAUCAGCCAAGCCAGUUCCCGGUAAUCAAGCAACACAAUUUACCUGGCAGAACAACUCAUCGACAACAUCGGACUUUUUCCUACAAGGAACAAACUUCCAUGCUCCUCCUACUAGACAUCUUCCAAUAAUGGAUAACUACAAUGAAGUCACAGACUCGAGCUGUGCUCUCUCUCUUCUGUCAAACCAAACAUGGUGCUCUAGAAACACAACACCACCAAGUGUUGAGAUGAACAACUUGUUGAAUUUCAAUGGUUCACUUACUACACAAUCUUCUCAAGUUGUACCCGAUUAUCAACUUCAAACAAAUGCUUCUUCUUGGUUUUUAAAGGGCGUUGAUUCUCGUAACUGUCUGUCUCCCGAGGCUGUUCCUGAUCUUGGUCUCGGUCAAAAUUCGCAGGCUAUUCAUAGUGAUCUUCAUGGUGAGCUUGAUGUGUCACAAGGCAAGAGGCAUUACUGGCCACUUUAAUUAAUACUCUUGUUUGCUGUCAUUUGUGAAAUUAUAACUGGUGGCAUUGGAACAACAAAUGAGAAGGAAGAUUGUGACUAUUUGAUGAAUUACUAGACUGUUACUACUGGUUAUUUUAUUUUGGAACUUUGGAUUCUUGAUUUUGUUUGUUUGAACUUAUGAACAAGAUUUGUUUCAUUUUGUGGAACAUUCAGGCAUUAUUGUUUUGGUCUAUGUGAACAAUGUGGGUUGCUUUUUAGUA